UGAAGCGACAUGGCCGGCGGCCGGGCCCCGGCGUAAGCCCUGAGCCCCGCGCUGCGCCCGCCGCGCUCUGGCCUCCUGGAGUCAUGUCUCUGCUGUGCGUGGGAGUCAAAAAAGCCAAGUUUGACGGUGCCCAAGAGAAGUUCAACACAUACGUGACGCUGAAGGUGCAGAACGUGAAGAGCACUACCAUAGCUGUACGCGGCAGCCAGCCCAGCUGGGAGCAGGACUUCAUGUUUGAGAUCAACCGCCUGGAUCUAGGCCUGACAGUGGAGGUGUGGAACAAAGGUCUCAUCUGGGACACGAUGGUGGGCACUGUGUGGAUCCCACUGCGGACCAUCCGCCAGUCCAAUGAGGAGGGCCCGGGAGAGUGGCUCACACUGGACUCCCAGGCCAUCAUGGCGGACAGUGAGAUCUGUGGGACCAAGGACCCCACCUUCCAUCGCAUCCUCCUGGACGCUCACUUCGAGCUGCCUUUGGACAUCCCUGAGGAGGAGGCGCGCUACUGGGCCAAGAAGCUGGAGCAGCUGAAUGCCAUGCGUGACCAGGAUGAGUACUCCUUCCAGGACCAGCAGGACAAGCCGCUGCCGGUGCCCAGCAGCCAGUGCUGCAACUGGAAUUACUUUGGCUGGGGAGAACAGAAUGAUGACCCCGACAGUGCGGUGGAUGACCGGGACAGUGACUAUAGGAGUGAGACCAGCAACAGCAUUCCACCGCCCUACUACACGACUUCACAGCCUAAUGCCUCCGUGCACCAGUACUCCGUGCGGCCGCCUCCCCUGGGGUCCCGGGAGUCCUACAGUGACUCCAUGCACAGCUAUGAGGAAUUCUCUGAGCCGCGGGCGCUCAGCCCCACAGGCAGCAGCCGCUAUGCUUCCUCUGGGGAGCUGAGCCAAGGCAGCUCACAGCUGAGCGAGGACUUCGACCCAGAUGAGCACAGCCUGCAGGGCUCGGAGCUGGAUGACGAGAGGGACCGCGACUCUUAUCACUCCUGUCACAGCUCUGUGAGCUACCACAAGGACUCACCCCGCUGGGACCAAGAUGAUGAGGAUUUGGAGGACCUGGAGGACCUGGAAGAUGAGGAGCUGCCUGAGGAGGAGGAAUUGGAGGAGGAGGAAUUGGAGGAGGAGGAGGAGGAGGAGGAGUUGGAAGAAGAGGAGUUGGAGGAGGAGGAGGAAGUGCCUGAUGACCUGGCCAGCUAUGCCCAGCAGGAGGACACCACUGUGGCUGAGCCCAAAGAGUUCAAACGGAUCAGCCUCCCAACAGCUGCACCUCAGAAGGAUGACAAGGUUUCAGCUGUGCCCACAGAGGCCUCCGAUGUGACCAAAGGGAUCCCCAAAGCAGCCACACCUGAAGAGAAGGCAGCUGUAGAGCGUGCACAGGAAACCGAGCCCCCCAAGUCUGAGGAGAGUUUCAGAUCUCGAGAGGAUGAGGAGGGCCAGGAAGGGCAGGAUGCCAUGUCCAGGGCCAAAGCCAACUGGUUGCGAGCCUUCAACAAGGUGCGCAUGCAGCUGCAGGAGGCCCGAGGAGAAGGAGAGAUGUCCAAGUCUCUAUGGUUCAAAGGCGGUCCUGGUGGUGGCCUUAUCAUCAUUGACAGCAUGCCGGACAUCAGGAAGCGGAAGCCCAUUCCCCUCGUGAGCGACCUGGCCAUGUCGUUGGUCCAGUCGCGGAAGGCGGGCAUCACCUCGGCCUUGGCCUCCAGCACGUUGAACAAUGAAGAGUUGAAAAAUCACGUUUACAAGAAGACGCUGCAAGCCUUAAUCUACCCCAUCUCCUGCACCACGCCGCACAACUUCGAGGUGUGGACGGCCACCACGCCCACCUACUGCUACGAGUGCGAGGGGCUGCUGUGGGGCAUCGCGCGGCAGGGCAUGCGCUGCACCGAGUGCGGCGUUAAGUGCCACGAGAAGUGCCAAGACCUGCUCAACGCGGACUGCCUGCAGCGGGCGGCUGAGAAGAGCUCCAAGCAUGGCGCUGAAGACCGCACGCAGAACAUCAUCAUGGUGCUGAAGGACCGCAUGAAGAUCCGCGAACGCAACAAGCCCGAGAUCUUCGAGCUUAUCCAGGAGAUCUUCGCGGUCACCAAGAGCGCACACACACAGCAGAUGAAGGCUGUCAAGCAGAGCGUGCUGGACGGCACAUCCAAGUGGUCUGCCAAAAUUAGCAUCACGGUGGUCUGUGCCCAGGGCUUGCAAGCCAAGGACAAGACAGGGUCCAGUGAUCCUUACGUCACUGUCCAAGUUGGGAAGACGAAGAAAAGGACAAAAACCAUCUACGGGAACCUCAACCCAGUGUGGGAAGAGAAUUUCCACUUUGAAUGUCACAACUCCUCUGACCGGAUCAAGGUGCGUGUCUGGGAUGAAGACGAUGACAUCAAAUCCCGUGUGAAACAAAGGUUUAAGAGGGAGUCUGACGACUUCCUGGGGCAGACAAUCAUCGAGGUGCGGACGCUUAGUGGAGAGAUGGAUGUGUGGUACAAUCUGGACAAGAGGACAGACAAAUCCGCCGUGUCGGGGGCCAUUCGGCUUCACAUCAGCGUGGAGAUCAAAGGGGAGGAGAAGGUGGCGCCCUACCACGUCCAGUACACCUGUCUGCAUGAGAACCUGUUCCACUUUGUGACGGACGUGCAGAACAACGGCGUGGUGAAGAUUCCCGAUGCCAAGGGCGACGACGCCUGGAAGGUUUACUAUGAUGAGACGGCCCAGGAGAUCGUGGAUGAGUUUGCCAUGCGCUAUGGCGUUGAGUCCAUCUACCAAGCCAUGACCCACUUUGCCUGCCUCUCCUCCAAGUACAUGUGCCCUGGGGUACCCGCUGUCAUGAGCACCCUGCUUGCCAACAUCAACGCCUACUACGCACAUACCACCGCCUCCACCAACGUGUCUGCCUCCGACCGCUUCGCUGCCUCCAAUUUCGGGAAAGAGCGCUUUGUGAAACUUCUGGACCAGCUACACAACUCCCUGCGGAUCGACCUGUCCAUGUACCGGAACAACUUCCCAGCCAGCAGCCCUGAGCGGCUGCAGGACCUCAAGUCCACGGUGGACCUGCUCACCAGUAUCACCUUCUUCCGGAUGAAGGUUCAGGAACUGCAAAGCCCACCGCGCGCCAGCCAGGUGGUGAAGGACUGCGUGAAGGCCUGCCUCAACUCCACCUACGAGUACAUCUUCAACAACUGCCAUGAGCUCUAUGGCCGGGAGUACCAAACGGACCCGGCCAAGAAGGGGGAGGUUCCCCCGGAGGAGCAAGGCCCUAGCAUCAAGAACCUGGAUUUCUGGUCCAAGCUGAUCACCCUCAUCGUAUCUAUCAUAGAGGAGGAUAAGAACUCCUACACGCCCUGCCUCAACCAGUUUCCCCAGGAGCUGAAUGUGGGGAAGAUUAGUGCUGAGGUGAUGUGGAGCUUGUUUGCCCAAGACAUGAAGUACGCCAUGGAGGAACACGACAAACACCGGCUGUGUAAGAGCGCAGAUUAUAUGAACCUGCACUUCAAGGUCAAGUGGCUGUACAACGAGUACGUGGCCGAGCUGCCCACCUUCAAGGACCGUGUGCCCGAGUACCCUGCGUGGUUUGAGCCCUUCGUCAUCCAGUGGUUAGAUGAGAAUGAGGAGGUGUCCCGGGACUUCCUGCAUGGCGCACUCGAGCGGGACAAGAAGGAUGGGUUCCAGCAGACAUCGGAGCAUGCCCUGUUCUCUUGCUCGGUAGUGGACGUCUUCUCCCAGCUCAACCAGAGCUUCGAGAUCAUCAAGAAGCUGGAGUGUCCUGACCCCCAGAUUGUGGGCCACUACAUGCGGCGCUUUGCCAAGACCAUUAGCAAUGUGCUUCUCCAGUACGCGGACAUUGUUUCCAAGGACUUCGCCUCCUACUGCUCCAAGGAGAAGGAGAAAGUGCCCUGCAUCCUCAUGAACAACACACAGCAGCUCCGGGUGCAGCUGGAGAAGAUGUUCGAGGCGAUGGGCGGGAAGGAGCUGGAUGCCGAGGCCAGUGGCACCCUGAAGGACUUGCAGGUGAAACUCAACAAUGUCCUGGAUGAACUCAGCCACGUGUUUGCCACCAGCUUCCAGCCACACAUUGAGGAGUGUGUCAGACAGAUGGGUGACAUCCUGAGCCAGGUGAAGGGCACAGGCAACGUGCCCGCCAGUGCCUGCAGCAGCGUGGCCCAGGAUGCAGACAACGUGCUGCAGCCCAUCAUGGAUCUUCUGGACAGCAACCUCACACUGUUUGCCAAAAUCUGUGAGAAGACGGUUCUGAAGCGUGUGCUGAAGGAGCUCUGGAAACUGGUGAUGAACACCAUGGAGAAGACCAUCGUCCUGCCACCACUCACUGACCAGACGAUGAUUGGCACCCUCUUGAGAAAACAUGGCAAGGGCCUAGAAAAGGGCAGGGUGAAACUGCCAAGCCACUCAGACGGGACACAAAUGAUCUUCAAUGCCGCGAAGGAACUGGGCCAGCUGUCCAAACUCAAGGAUCACAUGGUUCGAGAAGAAGCCAAGAGCUUGACCCCGAAGCAGUGCGCCGUAGUUGAACUGGCCCUGGACACCAUUAAGCAAUACUUCCAUGCGGGGGGCGUGGGCCUCAAGAAGACCUUCCUGGAGAAGAGCCCGGACCUCCAGUCCCUGCGCUACGCCCUGUCGCUCUACACGCAGGCCACUGACCUGCUCAUCAAAACCUUCGUGCAGACACAGUCAGCGCAGGUCCAUGGUGGAAAGGGGACUAGGUUUACCCUUAGUGAAGACGUUUGUCCUGAGAUGGGCUCGGGUGUGGAAGACCCUGUAGGUGAAGUGUCUGUCCACGUGGAGCUGUUCACACAUCCGGGAACUGGGGAACAGAAGGUCACAGUGAAGGUGGUGGCCGCCAAUGACCUCAAGUGGCAGACUUCUGGCAUCUUCCGUCCGUUCAUCGAGGUCAACAUCGUUGGACCUCAGCUGAGCGACAAGAAACGCAAGUUCGCCACCAAAUCCAAAAACAACAGCUGGGCGCCCAAGUAUAACGAGAGCUUCCAGUUCUCCCUGAGCGCCGACGCGGGCCCUGAGUGCUACGAGCUGCAAGUGUGCGUGAAGGACUACUGCUUCGCGCGCGAGGACCGCACCGUGGGGCUGGCGGUGCUGCAGCUGCGGGAGCUGGCCCAGCGUGGGAGCGCCGCGUGCUGGCUGCCGCUCGGCCGCCGCAUCCACAUGGACGACACGGGGCUCACAGUGCUGCGCAUCCUGUCGCAGCGCAGCAACGACGAGGUGGCCAAGGAGUUCGUCAAGCUCAAGUCCGACACGCGCUCGGCCGAGGAGGGCGGUGCCGCGCCUGCGCCCUAGCGCGCGUUUUGGCGGCGGGGCGGGGCCUGGGACCGGAUGAGGCCCCGCCUUCCGUAGGCCACCAAACUCCAGAGGCCACGCCCCUCCACCUCAGUGGCCUUGGCUGGGGAGGCCCUGCCUCCUGCCCCUGGAAAAGCCAUAGAGGGUCCGGUGCCCAGGGCAUAGGCUGGGCAGGGCUGCAUGGGAGGCCGGGACGCAGCCUCUGGUGUCUGCAAAAUAGAGUGCGGGAUGGGCUCUCAAAAGCACACGCGCCCUCGGCGCACACCUGGGGCUGAGGGCGCCCCUCCCCGCAGACCCCGCCCUCAGCAGCGGGCUCACCGGUAGCUGGCGACCUUGCCACACCUUAGGCUGAGCUC